AGUCGUUAUCUUUCGAACGAACAUCUUGACGACUGAUUGUACCGCCAAUAGCUCACCCGACUAGAAGGUGAUUUAUUGUGUACUUAUUUGUCAGUUCCAACGGUGCAAAGACAGAUCGGUGAAAGUGGCUGCAUUGAUUGCGUACAGGUGUACGGGCGGUCGUAAAAAUGUACCGAUUAGCCAAGGCAAUCUUUUUGGGGUUGAUUGUGAUCGUUACCCGGGCCGAGGCACAGCUCGAGUUGGCGAAGAAUUACGUCUGCACCGAAGAUUUCUGUGACAAUUAUCGCGAAAGUAAUGAAUGCGAUGCACUGAAGACACCCUGCAGAGCACAGAAUGCCACGCACAACGGUAUCAUCUUCCCAUCGGCAACCCCUUGCUCCUGUUGCAGGACUUGUGUGGAGAAUCUAAAGCUCGGUGAUGAUUGUUCGGUGGGUGGGUUAGGCUACCCGGUACCGGCUGGCAUUUGUGGUCCAGGGCUUUACUGCAAGGUGGCCGAAGGUGAUGAACAUCCAACCUGUCAACCGAUGCUGGAAUCGAGCAAGUGUUAUACAGUGCAGAAGAACUUUGACGAUGAACGGCAGGCAGGACUUAUAGGACAUCUGAUGCAGCGACCGGAGUGUGAUGGGGAUGGAAACUUCCAGCCCGUUCGAUGCAUUCCCGGACAAACAUGCUACUGUGUCGAUGAGGAGGGUAAGCGAAUUUUCGGAGAAGCUGUCCACACUGCCAGCAUUCAGAUUUCGAUGCGAUGUGAAUGCUCCCGUUUGGCGGCAAAGGCACGCACUCUACUCAACUCUCAGUAUCCAGUGCUGACGUCACGCUGUGACUCGAAAGGAUCCUUCGAUCAACUCCAGUGCGUAGACGAUAUGUGUGUCUGUGUGGACAUGCACAGUGGACGUCCAACUUCUGAUCUUCGGAACGUUACCCGUGGACUCUCGAGUCUUCCUUGCUUCGAUAAGCGCCUCCACGAAAACACGACCUACCUCCGGGACUGUGAAAACGUCAAGGUCUCCCAAAUCUACGACAUCAGCGAGUACGCCACGGAAGACUACAACGUGCUCGAGUUCGAUCGUGACAUCUGCCAGCCGGACGGAUACUACGAUCGCAUUCAGCUACACCCGACCGGGGGCUACAAGUACUGUUCCGACCGGGACGGUGCACCGAUCGAGGACUACCGGGCGCCGCUCGGUUCAAGGCUAGCCGCGACCAUGAACUGCAAGUGUGCCCGAGCGAGAAAGCUGCUGAUCGAUAGCAAAAGUCUAGAGAUCCCCGAGUGCUGCCCGAACGGCAACUAUAAACGGUUGGCGUGUCGACGCGGCGAGUGCUACUGUGUGGACGAGGAUGGCGCUCAGGUCGGCAUUGAGCGACCGGAAAAGGACAAGCAGAACCUACCGUGCUACAAUGAUGGCGAUUACUGUCCGCUGGCUUGAAUUUUACGAGGUAAUGUACGCUGAAGUUUGUUGCUAGGAACGAAUGAUCCGCGUGUGCUAAAGGUGACAGACACGUGUCGUCACGAGCGAUUACGAAACGACCCGAGUGCUGGUCAAUAAACAAGUUCACAAAGCAGCAA